UAUCGAGAACUGUUCGUAGAUCCGGAUAUGCUUCGCGAUGAAUUUUACUACUCGGGCACGAGGACGUGGUCUUCAUCUCCUUCACCCUCCACGACUGUCGCCAGCCUUCAACCUCCGCUGGUCGACGUGUCAGUUAUAGCAGAUGAAGUCCAACCACUCGUUUUGGAAAACACGUUUGGGGAUGAUGAAACCUUGUGCAACGCUCUGCAGGACCUGUCGCCGGAGUAUGCUCUAGGACACUACGAAUUCCGAUACCUUGAUAGUGGUGUUGGGCGCGGGAGGAAGCCAGCGGUCGACGUCGAGGCAGCACAGUCUACUGCUACUACCCCUUCUACAACGAAUUCCUUACUAACGUACUACAACAAUGUCUCUUCCGUAAUAUCUCCAAAAACUAUAACCAGGAUCAAAAAUCCGUUACCGUUCUGCAUCCACCUACCUGGCCUCUUCCCCCUAGCCGACCGUGAGGAGCGCAAUCUCCGAGAGAAAGCGUUUCAGGGAUUUUUGGCUGGCAACGGUAUCGACCGGGAAUGGCUCUACUUUCAACUCUUCAAAGACUUGCCGACGAUGAAGGCGUUGACCAAAGUCCUAGUAGGCUGUGGAGACGAUUUCGGAGAAGAUGUCGGAGAAGCAGGAGGAGGUGGGAGCUGCAGGACACGACAGGUUUUCGAGGUUACAGCUGCAGGAGUAGAUAUCUCAAGCACAAGAUCCCCUGCUCUGGAGCAAGGUCUCCUUCUAGUCUCAUCGAAAAAAGAUGAUAUCUUGCGAGAGCUUGGUCAACUUGGACAGACGAGGACGACAGCAGGUAGUUCCAGUUCUAGCACAAUUAUAUCUCCAGUAGUCACGGCGUUCACGAG